UACAGUGGCGCUUAUGUUUCAUCCUUCAAAGUUACCAGUCACUAUAGACCUGAGGACUACGGUAAGUGUAGGGUGUAAAUAAUAAAGUCCGGAGCUUUCCUUCGAGCUUUACGCAGCGCAAACUGUCCGGAUUGUUUUGCGCUUGAGGUGGAGUUUUCUGCCGCAUCACUAGUUGUUGUCGCUACAACGCGCCGCGCUGAGGCUGCUGUGCUCCUGAAAAGAGCAAGCUGUCAGGAGCAGGAAGCAGCUGAAUAACAGCGGAAGCGAGAGCGUUUUUCAUUUUGGGACGGUUUCAUUCCUACUUUGAGAACAGAGGUGUCGAGGAACAUGCCUUCAACGCGCAGGUGGAAGAUCUGCUAAUUUAAGUUCUUCGCUGCUGCAACUUUGCAGUCCUGCCUUGUGCAAAGUCGGGUGAGAUUUUGUUUGUUUGUUUGUUUGCUUCAGCUGAGAUUCACAGAGGAAGCUUUUAAAUCUUGAGAAAUGUCUCGCAAGAAGGCUGCAAAAGGCAAAGCAGCAACCAGCGGCCUGUCUACAGGCAGCCCCUCCGGGAAAGGGGCCGGAAAAGCCGCGAAGAACAGCCCGGGCAUUGUUCAGAUGAACGGUGUGGUCCAUCCCAGUCGACCCUCCAUCAGCAAUAGCAGCGAGUUUUAUGACAUCGCUUUCAAGGUGAUGCUGGUUGGAGACUCUGGAGUAGGGAAAACAUGUCUGCUGGUGCGUUUUAAAGAUGGAGCUUUCCUGGCUGGCAGCUUCAUCUCUACUGUGGGCAUUGACUUUCGGAAUAAAGUCCUGAACAUUGAUGGAGUUAAGGUGAAGCUCCAGAUAUGGGACACAGCUGGACAGGAGCGGUUUCGCAGUGUUACUCAUGCUUACUACCGUGAUGCCCACGCUCUGCUUCUGCUAUAUGAUGUCACCAACAAAACGUCCUUUGACAACAUACAAGCAUGGCUGACUGAGAUCCAUGAAUACGCCCAACAAGAUGUGGUGCUCAUGCUACUUGGAAACAAGGCUGAUGCCACACGUGACAGGGUGGUGAAGAGAGAAGAUGGAGAGAGGCUCGCUAAGGAGUUUGGAGUUCCCUUCAUGGAGACCAGCGCCAGGUCAGGUCUCAACAUUGAGCUGGCUUUCACUGCUGCGGCUAAGGAACUAAAGCACAGGUCCAUGAAAGAUCCUGGUGAGAAGUUUAAACUGCAGGAGUAUGUAAGCAACGAGAUGAAGGGCAGUGGGUGCUGCAGGUCUUAAAGCUGGGACCAGUCACUUUCUGGAUCUGUGUGAAUGUAUGAAUUUCCUUUGUGUGUGCAUCACUCAUCUUCAUACAAUGUGCGUUCAUGUCUGACCUGAUCAGAGGUGAGGAGUCGGCUCCAGCGAGGUAUAAACGUCUUUACUCGUCUGUUUCUCCACUCUAACGCUCCAGUGUCCCAGUACACACAACCUAAAUCUGUUGUCCAGGACUCAUCUUCCUACCCUCCCCUCCUGCUUUUCCUCACCCACCUCCUUCUGCAGCUGUGAAUGUAGCCCUAGGUUAUGGUUUUCAAACAACAAAAGUAGGCACUGCACAUCUGUUAUUAACCUAUUAAUGGACAUUUUCGUCCAUAACAUUGUUUGCAUGUGGAGAUUUUAAGUCAGACCAGAAUUUAUGGAAAGACAUUUCUUUCUUAUAUCCACUUGAAAAUUGUAAUUUUAUUUAAAUUCUUGGUCAACAUGUGGAUAAAUGUUAUAUACUAGAUAAUCAGUGAUGUCUUCUUUUUGUGGUUCAGUGCAUGUCAGUAAUUCAGGCUCCCUGGAGCCAGUUGAGUUCACCAGCAUAAACUUAAAGCAUUUCCAUGAUUCAGCUACGGAUAUUUGGGAAUACCUAUUACUAGUAAAAGUAAAUGAGUGUUGCUUUUUGUAUAGUGCCAUUGAGAACAGUAUCAUUAGCCUCAUUGAAUCAGUUUUAGUAGAUUUGAUUUCAUGCUAAAUACAAUAAUAGAGUAUACUGUAGUUUAAACAAAUCUACCUGGAACAUGACAGUGCACAGGUCACAAAACCUGAAAACAUUUUUCAGACACAUGAAGUACUGGGAUUUUUCCAGUUGUAGAGGAUUAAUGUUGAGUCUUGGAGCUCUAAUGUAACCUCUCAUCUUGAGAAUCUUAUUUUGAAAGUAUAGAAAAACAGAUGGUCAAACAUUCUGUAUGUAAUCAAGUUUUUUGACAAAUAUGGUGUAAAUACUUUUUUCUGCACAUAAAAAUUCAACAUGAGAUGGACAGCACCUUAGAUGGACAUGAGUGUGGGCAGGGUUUGGGGAAUAAAGACCUACAAUAUGUUGCUAAUGUUAAGUAUUGUAGAUGAAACUUUGUUUUCUGUCAUUUCUUAGGUUUUAUUUGUAGCCAGUGCAAACAUUAGUAGACUACUUUUAUUUUCAAUUCAUGGAUGUACAGUGGCUUCAGAAAGUAUUCAAACCCCUUAAAUUUUUUUUGCAGACUUAAUUUCAAUCAGGUUAUAGACAUAAAGAGUGCCAUAGUAAAGGAUCUGAAUACCCAGUAAGUUUUGAUUUUUAAUACAUUUGCAAAAUAUUUAACAUGUUCUCACCUUAUGUUUCUCAGUGUAGACUGAUAAGCAAAAGUUGAUUUUCUCCAUUUAAAAUUAAAUCUGAAAACAUUUUUCAGACCCAUGAACUACUGGGAUUUUUCCAGUUGUAGAGGAUUAAUGUAGAGUCUUGGAGCUCUAAUGCAACCUUUCGUCUUUCUACUUUUUGAAGCUUCUGUAUAAAUGGGUCAUGUAGUGCCACAAUCCGCUGAACAUUUUUGACCAGUAUGUUUCUUAUAACAUUAACAGUAUUUAACAUUUCUCGCUCCUUUUAUAAGACUGUUGUUUUGGUAUAUUUCAUCUUAGCCAUAGAAACUAUACAGACAGUAUUUACUGUACUUUUGUUUUUCCAAUCUUGAUGUUGGUGAUUUAUUUUUUUUCAUUUAACUACUUUUCAGUGUGCCACUUUGUAACUGAAAGUUAGCUACAAUAAAAACAGAAGGUAAUGUGA